UCUCUCCUUAUUCCUCCACAGCCUUGCGCUUCAUUCCAGUGCACGAGCCGAGCGAAGCAGACGGUUUUUACGCAGCAGCCAAAGCGCGAGAAAUUCGCUCAGGGAAUAAAUAUCUGCGAAGCGCGCGGCUUGUUUCUUUACAGGAAUACCAAACUUGAUCGUUUACGCACGCAGAGACUUGCACAUGCCUGUACGGGACCCUAAGACCAUGCUUCCGAGACCAGUGCGACUAUCUCUGCCUCUGCUCUGACCACAGAGAAAGUGCUUUUGGAUUUGCCCGUGCAGCAGGCUGUCACCUCAGCUUUUACUGAGCAUCAGCACUCGCGAGUGGAACUACUGCGUGGAUGCUGCAUGGUUGUCCGUGGACUGAACUCCUGUCUGAUGUUGGCCGUGGACUGGACAACCUGCUCUGCUCUGCUCAGUCCGCAGGGAAGGGACUGGAACACUUGCGCCCAUUGCCCUCUUUCUGGUUUAACAAGGCACUUUGGAGAUCACUGAAAAGCGAGACGGGCUUCUGUAUUAUACCAGGGGUGUUAUUUCCUCUGAACCCUCACCUUUGCGUGUUUUGGUGAAUGGGGAUAACUGUGCACCCGGAGCUUUGACUGGGACCGGGACGGCGCUGUGCGUGGAGCGACCGAUCAGCCAGGAUUGUAUUCUUUCCCCCUCCACCACCCCCACCCUCGCUUUCUCCACCGUGGGUCUAUUUACAUGUCCGAGAAGACCACUUUAUGACAAUGGAUUACUUUCUGCUUUUAUGCAGCUUCUUGCUGCCUGUGGUGUCCUCCGUGGAAGAGACGUUGAUGGACACAAAGUGGGCCACAACAGAACUGGCAUGGACUUCACACCCUGAGACCGGGUGGGAGGAGGUGAGUGGCUAUGAUGAUGCCAUGAACCCCAUCCGGACAUAUCAAGUCUGCAAUGUACGAGAGGUCAACCAGAAUAAUUGGCUACGUAGUGACUUCAUUCCACGUAAAGAUGUACUGCGAGUUUAUGUUGAGAUGAAAUUCACAGUGCGUGACUGCAACAGCAUUCCCAACAUACCAGGUUCCUGCAAAGAGACCUUCAACCUCUUUUACUAUGAGUCCGAUUCCGAUUCAGCCACAGCCACCAGCCCUUUUUGGAUGGAGAACCCCUAUGUGAAGGUGGACACCAUCGCCCCAGAUGAAAGCUUCUCAAUGCUUGAGUCAGGAAGAGUAAAUACAAAGGUUCGAAGUUUUGGGCCGCUGUCCAAAGCUGGGUUCUACUUGGCCUUCCAGGACCUUGGUGCUUGCAUGUCACUCAUCUCAGUGAGGGUGUUUUACAAGAAGUGCUCCACCACAAUUGCCAACUUUGCAGUUUUCCCAGAAACGGCAACAGGGGCUGAGGCAACAUCAUUGGUUAUUGCUCCAGGAACUUGUGUGCCCAAUGCCUUGGAGGUAUCCGUGCCAUUGAAGCUCUACUGCAAUGGAGACGGAGAGUGGAUGGUUCCUGUCGGAGCCUGCACCUGUGCAGCUGGUUUUGAACCAGCCAUGAAGGAAACGCAGUGUCAAGCUUGCAGUCCUGGAACCUUCAAGUCCAAGCAAGGGGAUGGCCCCUGUGUACCCUGCCCAGUUAACAGCCGAGCCACCUCUGGAGCAGCCAGUGUUUGCUCCUGUCGAAACGGUUAUUACCGCUCCGACGCAGAUCUUCCAGACUCCCCCUGCACAACUGUUCCAUCUGCUCCGCGCAGUGUCAUCUCCAGUGUUAACGAAACUUCUCUGCUGCUGGAAUGGAGUGAACCUCGAGAUUCGGGUGGCCGGGAUGACAUCUUCUAUAACAUUAUCUGUAAGAAGUGCCUCCCUGAGCGUGGCUUGUGCUCUCGUUGUGAUGACAAUGUAGACAUUACGCCACGCCAUCUUGGACUGACCGUACGCCGUGUGGCAGUCCGUAACCUACAAGCCCACACACAGUACAGCUUUGAGAUCCAGGCGGUGAACGGCGUUUCCAACAAGAGCCCCUAUGCACCUCAGUUCUCUGCAGUGAACAUCACCACAAAUCAAGCUGCUCCAUCUGCAGUGCCCACAGUCCACCUUAUGGCGGCCACAGCGAGCACUAUGAGCCUGUCCUGGCUUCCUCCAGAGAAACCCAAUGGAAUCAUUCUGGAUUAUGAGAUUAAAUACCAUGAGAAGGAUCAGGGAGAGGCCAUCGCCCAUACAAUGACUGCCCAACGGAGCAACGCCCGCAUUGAAGGUCUGAAGCCUGGUACACCUUAUGUGGUGCAGGUCCGUGCCAGAACAGUGGCUGGUUAUGGCCGUUACAGCAGCCCAGCAGACUUCAGCACCAACCUGCAAAGUGAUCCUCCAAAGUCCUGGCAGGAGCAGCUUCCGCUCAUCGUGGGAUCAGCCACUGCAAGUUUGGUCUUCAUUAUUGCAGUUGUGGUCAUCGCUAUCGUCUGCCUCAGAAAGCAGAGAAAUGGUUCAGAGUCGGAGUACACAGAAAAGCUGCAGCAGUACAAAUCCCCAAUAGUAACGCCUGGAAUGAAAGUCUACAUUGACCCUUUCACCUAUGAAGACCCCAAUGAGGCAGUGCGAGAGUUUGCCAAGGAGAUAGACGUGUCCUGCGUGAAGAUCGAGGAGGUCAUUGGCGCAGGUAACCCACCAAAGCUCCUGGGCUACAGGGGGAAGACUGCUAGUCACCUCCAGGCCAUACCGUUAGAGGACUUCACACCAAGCGGAGAGUUUGGGGAAGUGUGCCGUGGUCGCCUGAAGCUGCCUGGGCGUCGGGAAAUAAUUGUGGCCAUCAAGACUCUCAAGGUGGGCUACACUGACCGACAGCGGCGAGACUUCCUAUCCGAAGCUUCCAUCAUGGGCCAAUUUGACCACCCCAAUAUUAUCCGUCUGGAAGGUGUGGUCACCAAGAGUCGGCCAGUGAUGAUUGUGACCGAAUUCAUGGAAAACGGGGCCCUGGAUUCUUUUCUUAGGCUCAAUGACGGGCAGUUCACAGUCAUCCAACUGGUUGGCAUGCUGCGUGGCAUCGCAGCGGGCAUGAAGUACCUGUCAGACAUGAACUACGUGCACAGAGACUUGGCUGCCCGUAACAUCUUAGUUAACAGUAAUCUGGUCUGCAAGGUGUCUGACUUUGGCUUAUCCCGUUUCCUUGAGGAUGACCCCACAGAUCCCACCUACACCAGCUCACUGUAUUUCAUGCUCACCUACUCAUUCGCAUAUCCACAGGGAGGGAAAAUUCCCAUCCGCUGGACAGCCCCUGAAGCGAUUGCCUACAGGAAGUUCACCUCGGCCAGUGAUGUGUGGAGCUACGGUAUCGUCAUGUGGGAAGUGAUGUCGUAUGGGGAGCGGCCGUAUUGGGACAUGAGCAAUCAAGAUGUGAUAAAUGCUGUGGAGCAGGACUAUCGACUGCCCCCGCCCAUGGACUGCCCCACAGCCCUACACCAGCUCAUGCUGGACUGCUGGGUGAAGGAGAGGAACCUGCGGCCCAAAUUCACCCAGAUUGUUGCCACGCUGGAUAAGCUCAUUCGCAACGCUGCCAGCCUUAAGGUGGUCACCAACAGCACACAGUCCACCGGGGUAUCCCAGCCCUUGCUUGACCGCUGUGUGCCAGACUAUACCACUUUCACCACUGUGGGGGACUGGCUGGACGCCAUCAAGAUGAGCCGCUACCGCGACAACUUUGUCAACGCCGGAUUUGCUUCCUUUGACCUCGUCGCCCAGAUGACAGCCGAGGACUUGUUGCGGAUAGGGGUGACGUUGGCCGGUCAUCAGAAGAAGAUUCUGGGUAGCAUUCAGGACAUGAGACUACAGAUGAACCAAACACUUCCUGUCCAGGUGUGAGCCACAGGACACACGAACGGAUGCAGUCAAAGGACAGCCCGACAGGAAAAGGGGGAAGUAACGAUGCCGGAGUGGGCCACUGGAAUACCCUAGCUGCCUGACCCAUCUCUGCCAUUUAAACACUAUGAGACUGGCUUGCAGUGCCUCUGAAUAUACUUUUUUCUUUAUUUCAUUGCCACUUUUUGUCCCCCGCUUUUUUGUUAUUCAUCUUUUUUUUCUCUAUUGAGACCGAAUUAGUUUGUUUUUGAGAGAGGAGAAAGGUUUUAACCCCCUUCCCCAUGCGUGCCUCACCUCCACUGGAGGGGGUUGAUGUUUGCAUGCAUGUGUUUUUUCGUGAAGUUGGCCUCAGUCACACUGAUAUUAGCCCCUCCCCCUCCCGACCUCUCAGCUCAGCUUGGCUCAAACUGGAUGAAAUGAUGCAUAGUUAAAAUUAAACACCCAAAUAUAUAAAAAAGUGACAAGAGUUUCCACUUGACUAGAAACAAAUGAAGCAAAAGAAAAAAGAAAAGAAAAAAAAACACAUGUGUGUCAGACCACAAGACAAUUCCCUCCCUGAUAGAAGUUGUUUUAUUGUGCAUGUGUGUUGUGCUCCAUCUUCAUAUUGAAGGUGUGCUACUUAAAAGAGCACUUGCCAGAGAGGGCUGAGGCGCUGAAGGAAAAAAACAAAAAAGAUGAGGCUGCAGUCAAAGGUCAAGAGGAUGACAGAAGGUCAAGGAGGUCAAAAGAAAGGCAGCCACAUUUUUUUGGACACCUGUUUGGACUGUUGGGUCACCAGACGAUCUUUUCUUUCUGGCCUGAAGUGACUCAGGAGAGUUCCACAGCCCGGGAACACUUGCUCAUCAACCGUGUUUUUGAAGCAUAAUUACAUUUUAACUUUUUUUCCCAUCCACUUUACUUUCGUUUUUCUUUUUUCCUUUGAAUUUUUGGGCUUUCCUACAUAUUUUUGGGAGACUGUUUCAAAAUGGCCGGUCAAACCGAAGUUACACCCCCGCCUCCUUUACUGGACACUUGAUGUGCUUAUGGAGAGAAGAGGACUGUGGGAACGCUAUUCAAAGACCCCCCUUGGCCUUUUGUGUGCAUUUUUGUAACUCGUGUGUGUGUGUGUGUGUGUGUGUGUGUGUGUGUGUGUGUGUGUGUGUGUGUGUGUGUGUGUGUGUGUGUGUGUGUGUGUGUGUGUGUGUGCGUGUGCGUGUGCGUGUGUGAUCAAGUGUGCGUGGAUGUGCGAGUGUAUGUAGCUGCCCACAAAUAUACUGUACAAUACAGCUUCUGCUAUUUGCCAUCAUGGAGAAUUAACGCAUGAACUGAACUGUAAUAAGGAGCAACUAUAUCUAAAACAAUUACACUAUACUCUGUGGACAGCUGUUAAACAUUCUUUUUUAAUUGAAUCCCAAAAUAGACUUUUAACACACACACACACUCACACACACAUACACACACAGACAUAUAUACAGUAUAUGUAUACAUAUAUAUGCAUCAUGCAGAAACUGAGGGCAACCAUGAUGGACGUAUACUAUUAUCUGGAUUUAGAAACGAUCAAACCCUUAGUUUUAAUUUCUUGUCAUCCUGCCCCAUGUAUUUAUUUGUACCUCACCCGCCAACCCACAAUCCCUCCCUCCCCACCGAGACCCGGACGGACUAGGCUGUUUGGGAGAGUGGACCUGGAACAAUCAGAAGGAAGAGACUCCGAGAGGAUUCACCCAAUGAAUUGAUGAUUAUUCAAGAAAAACAAGUUGCAUAUACAGUCAAUUGGAUAUUGUAUUUUUGUUGUUGUUCUAAACAGCCUGUACAUGUUUUGUAACAAAAAAUAAGAGAAAUAACAAAAGAAAAAUAGUGUUUUGACAAAAAAAGAAGUGUUGUUGUGAAAUGUUUGCCUUAGUGAAAUUUACAGAACGCAAAGGACGGCAAGAGAGAAAAGGGAGCGUGAAGUUGCAGCAAGGGGUGAAACGAGUGCCAUUCACGUUUGAUCACAUGGGUACUAUAUUCUGCGUACAUUGUUGUCUGAGUGUGUGUAGGUGUGUUCAGGUGUGUGUGUUUGUGUCACCUGAACUUGAUAUUAAGCUUCCACAACCCACCGUCAUUCUCAACAUAAAGAGCAUUUGUGAAGCACUGAGCUGUUACUAAUUGUCUUCCAGGCACUUGUCCAACUCUUGCAAACCACUCAACUGGUGUCCAACCCAGUUCACGUAGGACUGUUGAAAGGUAGAUACGGUGAAGGUCCGGAGAUAGUGUUGUGUCAAACUAGUCAGCUCACAUUCCUAUCAUUUCAAUCACCCCAGAGCACGAGCUCCAUUACAAGGGCUGUAGCUUCUAUCCAUCCAACAGAAUGCUCAUUAGAGGAUCCAUAGCUGUCAGCGGAGAAGCCUAUUGGUCUUUGUCUGUCUGCUCGAUUAAUGCAGCAGCCAGCCGGGCGUUGCGAGGAGUCCAAGGUGCAGCAUACAGACGUAUGUGGACAUAGGGCAGGCCCACCUAUCAUUAUCUCUCAUUCAUUUCCUGUCUGGCCUGCAAUCAUCCUGUCUCGGCUCUGGCUGCUGCGUGAUUAACACAGUGCAGGAGCGGCAGCACGGGCAUGCAGACAGCUCGCCUCAUCUUAACUGAUAGCAGCUGCAUCGCUGAAACCAUGCUAUUUGUGCUUCUCGCAAGAGAGCGUUUGGAAGCGCCGGAUUAAGGAGCGGGUCUGCAUCACUGUUACAAUUUUCCUGAUAGUCUCCAUACUGUUUGGGCUGGAGUUAAUGAAUGCAAUAUGUGAAUACAAUACCUUAGGUGUGUAGUGAAAUCACAAUGUUUUUGGCCAUGCAGUGUGUCUUGCCAGUCUUUCAGUCUCACUCACCUCCCUUCGAAAGAGUGUAUUAUGCAAAACAAACAUGUGUUACAUAUUUUGUGUUAUUUUAUUCCACAUACAGAUGUUUUCACUAAUGUUAGUAGUCUCGAUUAAGAGCUUACUAACCUAUAACAGUAGUAGUGCACACUCCACUAGUAAAUUAACAAAUGCGUACUAAUGCAGUGCAGAAAAUUAGUCUAAUUUUUUUUCUUCAAUUAAAGUAGUGAGCUCAUACUGCUGAUAUGAUGGCUACGUCUCAGAAGUGCCAGGAUUAGCAACAAUAUCUGCCAGAAUGUGUUGAAAAUGCUUUUUAAAAGAGAUGAUCAGGCAUUUUUUCUCCUAUUUUAUCUCAGUUAUUUUGUCCUCUGUCACUGCAAAAUGCUGUUACGAUUGCAAGAACAGUGAUUGAGUAGAAAUCAGCACAGUCCGAAUCUUUCAAUCAGCUCGGCCCUGCUGCUGCUGCUAACUUGCAUGUGGCAGCAGACAAGACAGAGUUGAUGGGCAUAAAAAUACAGAAAGGGGGUGGUAUAUUGGGGUUAAACACAAUCAGAUGGCAGACAUGCCUACUCAUGAAAAGUGGCAGCUUGGAGCGUUCAUAAAGUAUUGAUGGAGUGCACAUGGUGCUCUGGGGCCUGGAGUCGCGUUCACCAAAGUCAACCGGCCAUGAGUGAUGAGCUCAACUGGCAGCGUUGCACAUAUUUAAAAGAUUAACCCGCCACUGCUUCAACUGCAAACAGUUAGAUCUUUGAGUAGGUUUGUUCCGGCAUUCAUGAGUGUUUCAUAUUUAACAUUCACAGAGAGAAAGGAAACUUGCUCUCCUGUGUGUUUUGUUCGAUGGAAACCUGACUGCACGUGGCCAAAAUGAAGAUGAAUUGUCAACUUUUGUGCGUGUGCUUGUGUGUGUGAAAUGAAAGAAAUGCCAUUUUAUAAAAAAAAAAAGCAAAAAGAAAACGGUUUGAUCAGCAGAGUCUAGACUGUCUCUUUGUGUGCCAACAGGAUUCAAACCAUCCUAACAUUCCUUACGCCUUUCCUUACCUGUUUUACAUCUUUUGCAUCAUCACAGAAUCCACCCUCCAAAGCCCCCCCACCCCCCAGCUCACACACACUUACACCGCCUCCUUUUGUCUCCUUAGUUGUCUGUUUUAAAUAAAGAUAUAGAGCUUUUUUUUUCUUCUGUCUUCUAACAAGCUCACCACACAUGUUUUUGGUCACUUUUAAAACUCCCUGUUUCUCUCUCUCUCUCUCUCUUUCUCUUUCUCUCUCUUUUUAAUAAAAGUAAGAAACAUGUUUCAGAGAGUACUGUACAUGUUUAGUGAAAUAGGGGUGGGGGGGCGGGGGGGGCUUGGAUCAAGAAAUGCAAUUGUCAAUUCUUCUUUGAAAAGCAUUGAGAUGUAUUUAAUGGUGCAGACAUACACAACAAAUUACUAAAAAAAAAAAAAAAUGAUGAUGAUGCAUUCUUGUAGAAAUAUUUUUAAA